AUGGCGCGUUCGAAAUCCUCCAGUGAGAGUCUACCAUCGGCAUCCUCACCUACCGAAAAGGCUCCGGUCGUUCCAAACGAGCAAGCUGCGCCAAAUCCGGAGGUCGUCGCCAACGGCAACGAGAAAGACGUCGAGGCCGCACCACCAGCACCACCGCCAAACUUUCUUGGGAAUAUUCCCGAUGGUGGCCUUCAAGCAUGGCUCCAAGUAGCAGCCGGAUGGAGCCUGUUCUUCAACACAUGGGGUGAGAAUCAUGUUUUCGGAGUCUUUCAAACGUACUACGAAUCUGGUGUUCUGAUACAUGCUUCUUCGUCAAACAUCUCAUGGGUCGGUGCUAUCCAGUCGUACUGUGUGUUGCUUCUAGGCUUCCUGUCAGGUCCCAUCUUCGAUCGUGGAUACCUUCGACCACUGCUCGUCGUUGGGUCAUUCCUUGUGGUCUUCGGCUUCAUGAUGCUUAGUCUGUGUCACACCUUCUGGCAAGUUCUCCUGGCUCAAGGCUUCUGUAUCGGCAUCGGUUCGGGACUUUUGUUCGUGCCUGCCGUCGCCAUCCUUCCAACCUACUUCAGAGCCAAGCUCGGUCUUGCAGUCGGUCUUGCUGCUUGUGGCAGUUCAAUGGGUGGUAUCAUCUACCCUAUUGUAUUCUACAGACUGCUCGACCAGAUCGGCUUUGGUUGGUCUGUUCGUGUAUUGGGCUUCCUUGCUUUGGCUACCUUGCUCGUUCCCAUCUUCGUCAUGAAGCAACGCGUCAAGCCACCAAAGGCUCGCGCAUUGAUUGACACAUCUGUCUUCAAGGACAUCCCUUUCAUGGUCUUCGUUGUCGGUGCCAUGGUAGGAUUCAUCGGGUUGUACACCGUUUUGUUCUACAUCUCUUUCUUUGGAGAAUCGAAAGGCUACACCGAUGCCAGCAUGUCUUUCUACAUCGUUCCCAUCCUGAACGCAGCGUCUGUGUUCGGUCGUACAUUGCCCAACGCUCUUUCCGACAAGACUGGCUCUUUCAACAUUAUUCUUCCUGGCGCAGCCGUUUGCUCGAUUCUCAUCUUCUGCAUGAUCGCUGUUGAUGGUCUGGCCAGCAUCAUCGUACUUGCUGUUCUCUUCGGAUUCUUCUCUGGUGUCUUCAUUGCCUUGCCUCCCGUUUGUCUGGUGGCUCUGACUGCGGACAAAUCCAGAAUUGGCAGCAGAAUUGGCAUGGCCUUUGCCUUCAUGGGCUUUGGAACUCUGGCUGGUGGCCCCGGUGGUGGUGCCAUCUUGCAGAACUAUGGACCGAAACUGCAAUGGACAGGCCUGUGGAUUUACGGUGGUGUUGCCUGCGCCGUUGCUGCAGCAAUGUUCACCGUAGUCAGAAUGAUGAAGGCUGGAGGUAAACUCAUGGUCAAGGUCUAA